AUGCCAAGAAGUUGUCUGGGAAAAUUUUUAAAGCCCAGAUUAAAUGAUAUGCCGUUAUCACAUCACUUCAGUGAAAACCACUUGCUGAAAGCCACGUCGGAACCAAUAAAACCAGCUGGAAGAUCAGAAGUGAAGAAAAGCCCAAUAAAAACUGAUUUAUGGGAUUUACAUACCUCCUACAAACUGGUUUCGACUUUUAUCUCAAUGAAACUAAACAAAAUUGAUGAUUGA